AUGACUUGUGACAAGUUGACGUUCGAGAUGAGACCGUACUUGCGAUUCAACAACGGCUACAAGUACAUUCUAACCGUCAUCGAUGUGUUGAUCUUGGAAUACAAUAAUCGUAAACAUCGAACUAUUAGUAUGCGGCCGAUCGAUGUCACUCUCGCGAUCGCAAGAGAGACUCUUGUCCACGGUGUACAGCAGAAGAUUGCCGCACCAGCGAAAUUCAAAGUGGGCGAUCCGGAGCGCAUCAGCAAAUUCAAGACUAUAUUCGAGAAAGGCUACACAUCAAAUUGGUCUACGGAGAAACCAUUAGAAGGGGCUUUUGAACGUGAGCAGGUAGCGGGACCCUUCUCCCAAGAUGCUUUAUAUAGGAAACUUCAGUUGUCGUUCGACCUUGGUCACAGAAGGACAUAUUUCACCAUGAAUGCCGCGUACGCAUCAUGUUACGAAGCCGUGUUUCUGUGUUUGCAUCCGAAAGAAUCGAAAAUGUCAUACAGAGCGGCUGCUAAGUAUAUGAAAGUCGAAGACAUUUACUGUAAAAUUAUCGCGGUGCAACGAACCAAUCCCGUGACAUAUCUGAUUAAAGAUUCUCGCGGAAAUUCGGUUGUCGGAGAAUUGUACAAACACGAAUUGCUCAAGACCACUCAACCCGAUGUUUAUUUCGUGGAGAAGGUGUUGCGUCGAAAGGAUGAUGAAAUGUUUAUAAAGUGGUUGGGAUUCGAUUCCUCGCAUAACUCUUGGAUAAAUAAGGACAAUGUAUUGUGA